AUCAGUUUAAUUUUAAGUUAUUUCAUUUUUAGUUUACAAAAAUAUUUUUGUAUCAUUUAUUUAUUACAGUGUUGCAUUGUGUCAAUGUAACAGGUUAAAUUUGGUUUGUAUUGGAAGUGCAAUACCUAACCUAAUACAAACGGCGCAACCCGUCUAAUAGCUUUGCAUGAAAUGUAUAAAUGCGUUGCGCUAUUUAAACGAGAUUGUAGUUAAAAUUGUUUUAAAAAUUGUAUAAAGUCAGUCCUUGUACAUAAAUCAUGUAAUAAAUUAUUAAAUUGUCUAAAAUUACAAUAAACAUUUGUUAAGUGUUCAAUAUUAAUUUUGUAUAUGGAGCGAGUGACUUCGAUAUCGUUGGAAAAUUUAAAUACAUUAAAAAUGGCCACGUAUAAUUAAAAUACGCUGGUUUGUAAAAUAAUCAACAGUGACAAAUAUAUUUGAAGGUAAUUUUAAAAGGUGUUUUACUAUGCACAUCAGGAUGAGUGUACGUAUGAGAAGGACAAUUUUCUGUGGGAUUGUAUUGUUAUUAAGUGUAUUAUAUUUAUAUACAAAUCGAACCAUAUAUUCAAAUGAACAUGAGAAAAAUAUUUCUUUAAAAUUACUUCUUGCUGCUGCUAUAAAAGCAGCAGAAAUUGGUGGUUCCGAAGUAAUAGCAGUUCAUGACCAAGUAAAAUUUGAAAUACAAAGUAAAGGAAAGACAAAAGAAGGUAUAAAUGAUCCAGUAACAGAAGCAGAUUACAGAUCACAUUGCGCAAUGUAUCACUCAUUGUUAGAGGCAUUUCCAUAUAUCACAGUCAUAUCAGAGGAAGCAUCAAAAAAUUGUGACAAAGUUACAGUUUCAAAUAUAAAAGACUCUGUUGAUAGUUUAACAGAUUAUAAUAUCAAGGAUGAGUUCAUAAAUUCAAAUGACAUCACAGUUUGGAUUGAUCCUCUUGAUGCAACCAAAGAAUUUACAGAAAAUUUGUUACAAUAUGUUACAACUAUGGUUUGUGUUGCUGUCAAGGGAAAGCCUAUAAUAGGUGUUAUAUAUAAACCAUUUGAAACAAGACAGAAUGCUAGUUUAUUUUGGACAUGGACCAGUCAUGCAAUUUCAAAAAAUUUGCAAGCACUCCCAAAGCUGGAAGAUGAUAGGACACCAAUAUUAAUUGUAUCUCAAUCACAUGCUGGUCAAGUUCAUAAUGUUACCAAAAUUGCAUUUGGUAAAGAUGUUGAAAUUGUUUCGGCAGCUGGUGCAGGUUACAAGUUCUUAGAAGUCGUAAGUAGAAAUGCAACUGCAUAUGUGCAUAUGACUGCAAUAAAGAAGUGGGACAUUUGUGCAGGCACUGCAAUUCUUACUGCUCUUGGUGGUACAAUUACUCAGUUGUUUGACCAACAGUUGAUAAGUUUUGGUCCCAAUGAUUCCAAAAUUCUGACAUGGGGUCUUUUAGCUACUAUGAGUAACCAUGCUUGGUAUUUGGAUAAAUUUUCGAAUAUUUAAUAUUUAAUAUUUAAAGUUACUAUUUAACAUAUGUGUUUUAAAUUAUUCUUCCUAUUUAAAUACCAAAAACUCCUUCCACAAAGAAUUAGUAACAAAAUGCAAUUCUUUAAAAAAAA